CAUCUAUGGCGGAAUGUAUCAACAAAAGCAUGUGAUAAGUCUAGACAUGCUUUUGCAAGUUAGCCCCUGUCCGUGGAAUCAAUAUUCAUCGUUCAUGGUACAGAACCCAUCACGGUUUAAAAUCAGAAUAAAUUUCUGUAGUCAGGAGAAUGCCUCGAAGGACCAGGAAGAAUUCUGCAUCACAGAGGAAACCCUCACUGAUAUUCACAGAGAGUCCAGUCAACCUGACACGGAGCACAGCAUCUCCUGUCAGGUGUGCAAACCAUCCCCAGACAGCCAAAGUGAUACCAGUGGAAGAUCUAGCUGAUCUAACAUGGGUGUCUCCACAGUUUCAGGGAGCACGAACUAGCUGUAGAAGGCGAGGUGGGCGAAGACGAAAUCUGUCCAGAUCCACCAUUAACACACGCUCAUGGUCAAAUGGAACAGGGAAAGAAAACCUCCAAUGUUCCUUUGGUGCUCGCAGAAAACUUCUCAAUGGCUUUGUACCUCUGCGUUUUGAAUUGGACAAGUCUGUUGAACUGACAGAAAUUGAAGAUGUGUCUGAUGUCGAUGCAGAGACUGAUUUGAACUUCACCAGAAAUGUGGGAUUGGACCGCACUAGCUUCAAUACUACUGCUGCAGUAACUCCCCCAGCACAAUCUCCCCACAGGGAUCGUGGUACUGGACAGCAGGGUGACAGUGAGAACAAUGGUGAAGCUCAGUCGCGUUUUGUUUUGAGUCUCUCUACACUGAACCAACUGUGUGCAGCAUCUGAGAGAAGAAAGCUUGAAGGUGAUAUGGUGGACAUUGAAAUGAUCUCGAUGCAAAAGAUCGAAGACAAUGAGCAAAGCAAGAAUUCUCCUGACAUAGGUAAACUACGAAGGUCUUCCAGAUUAAGAGACAAAUAUCGCGAAGCCGUUGAGCUGUUGAGAAGUCCAAGUGGCAGUGAAGUAAAUGAGGAAAAGCCGUGUAAAAUACUGGUGUUAGACACCCCAGAGAGUGAGUAUGGACUUACACGUCGUCACCUCAGAAACAAGAUUAGGAAAAACUUCAUCUACAGCAAACUGCUGCAUUAGGUGUUUUGAAACACCAGUGAUUUAGAGCUGUGAUGAUUGACAGUUGGGUUGUGAUGCAACCAUAAAAUGGAUUAAUGUUCUGUCAUGGUAUUACAAAGUGCUGUAGUGAAUCAUAGCUUCUACAGUUAUCCCUGCGUGUCAAGAAUAGAUUCAGCACUCAAAUUCCGAUCCAAUAUACAAAAAUGUUUGUGUAUAGUUUGUUCACAUUUGUCAGUGUUACAUGUGAUUAUUACAACCUUGUACCAAAUAUAUGUGCAAUACAUGACUUUAGUGUCUUAUAUCACGUAUAGGUCACAUGCACAGUUUUGCUUCAUAAAUCCCAGUAUUUAAUAUAUUGUGGGAAUUUUCUUAAAUUAUUAGGGUAUUAUAGCCAACUAUCAGGGAUAGCAGACUAUGGAAAGGCCCGUCACUUUUACACUGCACUCACCAGUUAUAAACUCAUAUUCGAAGGUAAAUUAUCCUCCUUCUUGCCAUGCUUUUCUAUGAAAUUACCAAUGCUUAUUUUUAUGUUGGGAUGUGCAUCAAAGAAUAAUGAAAUGAUAUCACUGUUGUCCUUCCAAACUGAGUGUAAAGUCACAUGCCUUCCCACAAUCUUUUACCCCUGAGUGGCAAAAUCCUUAGUGGCAAAAUCCUGUGGCUAUAAAUUGCUUUGACAGUACUUGACUCAAGGCUGCAUUGAGCUGGCAUAGCAGCCUCAUCUUUAAAACCAGUUUUACAUCUUACAAAGAACGCUAGAAAACGUAUGGACACUCAUAGUUAAGACAUGGUGA